AUGUCUUCAAAAAAGACGUUUUCUUCCUCUACGCAUCAGAAAUCAGAGCAUCCACGUAGAGUUUUUGUCAAAGCAGAAUCAAAACGCUUGUGGCGAGAGAAAUUUAAGCAACAAUGUUUACGACGGGUUAAAGAGAGUCGUGCUUUUGCUUUUAACGAACGGAGACUAGGAUUUUGGAAAUUUUCAAAUCAGAAUGAUACAGACGACGAAGAAGAAGUUGCGCAUCAAUGGUUUGUAAAAAAAAUUCUAGAAGAAUGGAAACUUUUUUGGAAAGACGACAAUCUUGAUGCCGUUGAAGAUAUGAUAGACGAUGAAUUUUUACAAGAAAUCAUGCAAG